AUGGCGGCUACUUCUGUCCUCUUGAGUUCAUUGUCAAGCUAUUUGUCUGUGUUAUCAUUGCAGAACUCCUCUGACAAAGCAUCAAUCCUGGCCAUCCUCCAGGUCCUCAGUGAUCUGCUUUCUGUUGGCACAGACCGGAGGAUUUACUACAUGAUCAGCAAAGGUGGCAGUGAAGCCCUUCUGCAGACUCUGGUGGACACAGCAAGGUCCCCUUCUCCUGACUAUGACAUCCUUCUUCCUCUCUUCAGGCUGAUGGCCAAAGUUGGCCUAAGAGAUAAGAAGUUUGGACAGAAGGCACUGGAAUUAGAAGCACUUGAUGUGACCUUGAUUCUGGCCAGGAAAAACCUGUCUCACAGCCACAACCUCCUCCACUGUCUCUGGGCGCUGCGUGUGUUUGCCUCCAGUGUCACCACAGGAGCCAUGCUGGGAAUUAAUGGAGCAAUGGAGCUGCUCUUCAAGGUCAUUUCUCCUUACACCCGAAAGCACACCAGGACAAUCAGGGCAGCCACUGAAGUUCUGGCAGCAUUGCUGAAAUCCAAGUCUAACAGCCGCAGGGCAGUGAACAGAGGCUAUGUCACCAGCUUGCUCAGGCUACAUCAGGAUUGGCACAGCCACGAUGUCACCGACACCUACGUGCUGAUCCGCCACGGGCUCCUGCUCUGUCUCAGGCACGUUGUCACCCUCCGGUCCGGCAGGGAGGCCUUCCUGGCAGCCCAUGGCAUGGAGACUCUCUUCAGCAUUGCACAGACCUGCCUGGACAAGAAGAGCAUGGAACCCGUGACCUGUGUGGUGCUUCAGAUCCUCAGGCAAUGCUACCCCGAGAGUCCACUUCCCCUGCUCACAGCCACUAGUGCCUACACCUUCCCAGCUCCCGGGGGCACCAGCUCGGGGCUUCCACAAGCUCCAACUGAAGAAGAUUUUGAAGAUGAUGGUGAGGAGGAGAUUGACAAAGACUCAGAUGUGGAGGCUGUGAAAGAAGAUGAUGACUUGGAAACUGAUAUGAACAAACUGAGUUCUAAACCUGGUCUUGACCGACCUGAGGAGGAGCUGGCACAAUAUGAUGCUAUGUGUCCCGAGCUCUCCUGUAGCUUUGAGGAAUUAGAACCCAAAUAUGGAGAUGAUUUGACCCUCGAGGACACGCUGUAUGCCAAUCACAACCACAUUCCGAGCGCUGCCUCUCUCAGACAUCAGUGCUUCAACAGGGAGCACAGCUCCAGGGGACGAGGAAGAGAAGACACAGUCCACACUUCCAUUCUGGACACGGUGAAGUCGGGGAAGUCCAGGAUACAGCCGUCCUCCAAACAAAGGCAUCUAACAAAUGCGAACCAAAGUAUACAACAAAAUGGCUUGGGGAUAGAUUCUUCUGGACACGGUACCUCUGGCACCCAGGCUUCCCUAGAAGAGGCCGCUUGGGACAUAGAAUCAAUUUCUUGCCCAAGGAUAACUUCCUCAUUUUCCAACCUCCCUGAGCCGGAGGAAAGCAAAGAAGUCGCAGAGAAGCUUCUGCACACACAUACCAAGCACAUACCUUUCCAUGAUCCUCAUCUUUAUAUGGCCCACGCCAUGAGAACCAGAUCUGCUGUGGGAUUUGACACCAUGGCAUUUCCUGAUUUCUGGGGCCACUGUCCACCUCCCACUGCUCAGCCCAUGCUGGAUCGCAAAUGGGGUGUACAGAGGAUCAAGAUCCUUGAGGAUGUCCGGAGGUUCCUACAGCCAAGUGAUGUUAUAAACAAAGUUGUCUUCAGUUUAGAUGAGCCUUGGCCCGUGCAAGGCCCCGUUUCUGAUUGCUUAAGAUUCUACUCCAAGUUUGAAUCAGGAAAUCUUCGAAAAGCCAUCCAAGUGCGCGAGUUUGAGUACGACUUGUUGAUCAAUGCUGAUGUGAAUAGCUCCCAGCACCAGCAGUGGUUCUACUUCAAGGUGAGCGGCAUGAGGGCUGCCAUCCCUUACCGCUUCAACGUCAUCAACUGUGAGAAACCCAACAGCCAGUUCAACUAUGGGAUGCAGCCGACCCUGUAUUCUGUGAAAGAGGCUCUUCUCGGCCGACCUGCCUGGAUAAGGACAGGCUCUGAAAUUUGUUACUACAAAAACCACUAUCGUCUGAAUGCAGCUACCGUGGAUGGAGCAUCUGGGAAGCACUAUUACACCCUCACCUUCGCUGUCACCUUUCCACACAAUGAGGAUGCCUGCUUCCUGGCCUAUCACUAUCCCUACACCUAUUCCAGCCUCAUGACUCACCUUGAAAUUCUGGAGAGAAGCAUUGAUCCCAGGCAAGUCUACUUCAGGCAAGACAGUCUCUGCCAGACGUUGGGAGGGAAUCCAUGUCCAUUGGUGACUAUCACUGCCUUUCCUGAAUCUAACAGCGCCCAGCAUCUGGAGCAGUUCCGAUGUCGUCCAUAUCAGGUGAUCACAGCCAGAGUUCACCCAGGAGAGAGCAAUGCCAGCUGGGUGAUGAAGGGGACCUUAGAGUUUCUGGUCAGCAAUGACCCUGUGGCAAAGCUCUUGAGGGAACACUUCGUGUUCAAGAUCAUCCCUAUGCUCAACCCAGAUGGUGUCAUCAAUGGCAAUCACAGAUGCUCACUGAGGGGCGAGGAUCUCAAUAGACAGUGGCUUCUUCCCCAAGCUCAUCUUCAGCCAACCAUCUACCAUGCCAAAGGUCUCCUACACUAUCUGAGCAGCAUUGGCCGGGGGCCUGUGGUCUUCUGCGAUUUCCAUGGUCACUCCCAAAAGAAGAAUGUAUUCCUUUAUGGUUGCAGCAUGAAGGAAACUCUGUGGCAAGCAGGCUGCACUGUGGGUGGAGCUGCCCUCCUGGAGGAUGUCAGCUACAGAAUGCUUCCUAAAAUCCUGGACAAGCUAGCACCAGCAUUCACCAUGAACAGCUGCAGCUUUCUGGUGGAAAAAUCACGAGCCUCCACUGCCCGGGUAGUGGUAUGGAGAGAGAUAGGAGUUUCCAGAAGCUACACUAUGGAGAGCAGCUAUUGUGGCUGCAACCAGGGCCCCUACCAGCCUCUGAGUAGCAAAUUUCCACUUUUCUUUUCCAAGAAGAAUGAGGACAGAUUGUCCUUUGGAGACAUCAAACAGGGUAUUUCGGAGCCUUCCACUCGACCCAGAGCUGUAGAGCUGCCUAAAUACUUCUGUGUGAAGCGAAAUGAAGGUGGAAUGCUGGCUAUUUCAUUAAUGGUGGUGAUCACAGUAAGGCCCGGCAGCGGAGGUAAGCCGACGGAGGUGGAUGGGCCGGCGGUGGCGGCCGAUGGAGACAUUCGGGCCCGGCAGCAGCCCACAGAAGUAGACAGGCCACACGGUGGAGACAGGCGGACACGGGUGGGUCCGCAGUGGCGACCCACGGAGGUGGACGGGACCGCUGAGGUACUGAAUAUUGGGAGAAAACUCUAUGAGCGUAAGACAAAAAAAGUCUAUAAAUUGUUAGAUAAUCCAGGAAGAGUCCUCCUGCUGUCCAAGGACCAGAUUACAGCAGGAAAUGCAGCUAGAAAGAACCACCUGGAAGGCAAAGCCACAAUCUCUAUCAAGAUUACCAGCUGUAUUUUUCAGUUGUUAGAGGAUGUCUGUAUCAAAACCGCUUUCACCAAGAAAUAUGGGGAGACUGCUUUCAUUGCAUCCCAAUAUGAAAUUAUUCCAAUUGAAUGGGUGUGCCAAAGAAUAGCAACUGGAUCUUUUCGCAAAAGGAAUCCUGGUGUAAAGGAGGGGUAUAAAUUUUACCCACCAAAGGGGGAGAUGUUCUUCAAGGAUGAUGCCAAUAAUGACCCACAGUGGUCUGAAGAGCAGCUCAUUGCUGCAAAGUUUUGCUUUGCUGAACUUGUUAUAGACCAGACUGAAGUGGACAUCAUGAGUCAUGCUGCACAAGCUAUUUUUGAAAUACUGGAGAAAUGUUGGCUGCCCCAGAACUGUACACUGGUCCAUAUGAAUAUUGAAUUUGGUGUUGAUGUAACCACCAAAGAGAUUGUUCUUGCUGAUGUUAUCGAUAAUCAUUCCUGGAGACUCUGGCCAUCAGGAGAUUGGAGCCAGCAGAAAGACAAACAGUCUUACCGUGACCUCAAGGAGGUAACUCCAGAAGGACUCCAGAUGGUAAAGAAAAACUUUGAGUGGGUUGCAGAUCGAGUGCAGUUGCUUCUGAAGUCAGACAAGGUUGAACAAGCUAAAAGUUUCUAUUACAGACUGUUAAAAAUCUGGGAGUGGCUCUAUGACACAGUUCUGGGUCUACAGUUUGGUACCAGUGAACUGGAGGAAAUGGGAGCCAUGUUCUGCUUGGGCCUCUUCAUCUUGGAGCUGAAAUCUGCAAGCUGUAGCCAUGAGCUCUUGGCUCGAGCUACAACUCUACUGAAUGCAGAUGUUCUGGACCACUACCUCCAGCGGUAA